UCAGAUACAAAGAGUUUUACAGAGCAAACAACAGCAGUUCUGCCAUGAGAGUGGCAACGUCUCUCAAUAAAAUGAGAUCAGUCUGUAAAAUUGUAGGCAGAGACACAGUUAGUACGCACUAUGCAGACCUGAAUCAGUUUGCAGUGGAAAUUUCGAAAACGGACCUUCCGAAAAAGGACAUUUGGUUCUGCCACGUAGUACUAAUACAUUAGUGUGCUACACUACCUCACAGCAACCUAAUAUU